UUUGAUUUGACAUUUUUCUCAUGCAGCGCCGCAUUGCACUGUUUACGUAAAAAUCUUGAUUUCUUUUGCGGCGUUUAUUGUUUUCCAAAUAUUUUGCUAUAAUAAAGCUUUAAAUUAAGUGAAUUACCAAUAUGAAUCAGGCCGAUGUGAGUAAAUUGAUGUCGCAAUUGCGUAUUGCUGUCAAGCCACAUCGUAAUCUCCGAAAUCCUGAUGGACCCGAAGGACGUCUACUGAAACUACGAAAAACUGUUACAGCGCUGGUGAAACAUGAACGCAUAGAAUUAUAUUACAACAGAGCGGAUGAAGCGCGCGGUUAUGCUGAAUUGCUAAUUUCCAACGCUAUACGCUACGGCGACCGUCACAAAGCCACAAUGGAGUUGGCUGAUUAUUGGUUGCUCGAAAAACAAUUGGUACAUAAACUUUUCAAGGUGCUAGUACCACGAUUGGAAAACUGUAAUUAUUCAUAUACCCGCCUGUAUAAAGCACCGCGGGAUUAUCCCGGCAUGUAUUAUAGAAAAUCCGUAUUGGAAUUGCGUGGCAAUCCAUAUCCUACUUUGGUGACUGAUUUCACAAAUAAUCGUAAUUUAAUACAUAAUGUUUUGCUAGACGAAGCACGCAAAGAUUACAGACGUGAACGUUUAGCUGAGUUAGCAAAUAAAAUUGCGGCGGAAUCUGCGGAAAAUGAAAAGAAAGCGGAAGCUGUGUCGGAGCCCAAAAUUACUGAGCAGGUGGUAAAUUCGGAAAGUAAAGCAGAGUUGAAAGGUGUUGAACAAGUGGAGAAAGUAUGAAAGUAUCGUAGAAAGUCUCUGACUAUUCUGUAGUGCGUUGUCCUGGAGUUUUUAAAGUGAAUAUUAAUUAAAUAAAGAAAUAAUUAUAUGUUAAAA